UUUCAACUAAAUAGUGCGGGAACACGCCGAGGAAGGCAAAGGAGCGCUUUCGGGCAUUUGCCGUGUCCUGGUUAUCUCUCUCUAUUAGCCACGGCGGGGAACCCCUUCCCUCCACAGCCGUGCUGUGCCGUAGCCUUGGGCGCGGGGCGGGGAGCCGGGCCGGGCUCGCUGCCGCCGGGGAGCGCAGCCCCCGCCCCGCCCGGCGGGUGGCCCCGCCGCGCCUCCGGCUCCGCUCCUCUGGCCGCGCUGGGCUUCCCCGCGGCCGGCGGGCGGGAGGAGCCGCUCUUUCCGCUGGGUGUCACUCUGGGGUGGGAGAGGCGCAUUCAAAAGCGGGAGGGGAGGGAAAAGCCCGCCGACAACCCCGGCCGCCCGCACCGGCAGCGCCCGCCGCUCGCCACGCCGCGGCACGGGCGGCAGCCGCUCCGCUUCCUGCGGGCCGGGGCGCUCCCGGCCCUCCGCCUCGGAGCCGGCGCCCGGCGGAGAGUGCUCGGCUGGUGCCGCCUGCACCCCGAGCCCAGCCCCUGCGGGCGGAGGCCCUCUAACCCUUCCAGAAGGAUGCUGGAGAGCGGCUGUAAGGCGGUGAAGGAGGGCAUGCUGGAGAAGAGGAGCGACGGGCUGCUGCAGCUCUGGAAGAAGAAGCGCUGUAUCCUCACCGAGGAGGGGCUGCUCCUCAUCCCCCCCAAGCACCCCCCGCCGCCGCAGCAGCAGCAGCAGCCGGCGCCGCCGGCCGAGCCGGCGGCCAAGAUCAAGGAGCUUCACUUCUCCAACAUGAAGACGGUGGACUGCGUGGAGCGGAAGGGCAAGUACGUGUACUUCACGGUGGUGAUGGCCGAGGGGAAGGAGAUCGACUUUCGGUGCGCACAGGAGCAGGGCUGGAACGCGGCGAUCACGCUGCAGAUGGUGCAGUACAAGAACCGCCAGGCCAUCCUGGCCGUGCGCUCCACCCGGCAGAAGCAGCAGCACCUGGCGGCGCCCCACGGGUCGCGGCUCCGCGGCGCCUCCAACUCCGCCUAGCGCAGGUUACGGUCACGGAGCGCUUCCGAGAAGAGGGACAGAGCGCGUUCGUGGCGGACCUGCUCCAGGGGCUCAGAAACUGGGCAAACGCCGGAGGUGCAGGUAGACCGGAGAGAAGCGGCUCAAGAGCCCGAACCUCAGCCAGCUGCUGCUGCUGCUUUGCCGCCCUCGGUGCCGAGAAGCAUUUCAAAUCCAUUAUUUAUGAACCUUGGAAAGGAUCCUUUGGUGCGAUGGGACUUCUAGGAGACAUGAUGUACUGUAACUUUAUUUUAAUCUAUUUUAUUUAUUAGGGUUGUUUUCUUUUGGUUUUGUUUUCCUUUUUAUUUUUUUUUAAGGCUUAUUUGCAAGACAUUUCUGAAUGUAGGCCGUAUCAAAAAAGUAAAGGAAAAAAACAGUAUGCAUGCUAGCUCCCUGAAAGAAUGGAGAAGUUCUGGGUACUUUGACUGUGUGCAAUUUGACCGAAAAGUUAUUCAUUUUUGACCCAAAAUACACUAUAUUCCACCAGCAUGGAAAAUGUGAUGUGUGUUUCAAAAUUGGGCUGAAGCCCGAACUGCAUAUGAAACGUGUUUUCUCUAACGAGAACAACAAUUAUAGUCUGGGCUUAAUUGUUUUUUGGGUUUUUUUAAUACUAAACGUGGUGGAAGAUGAUAAAAAGUUAUUCAUGCUUAGCUAUUGAAAAAAGCAAUGUUGCUUGUCAUUCUGAGAUUAAACCAAUCUGUUUAGUGUAUGAGUGGAAGAAAUCUGACCAACCUCUUUUGUGAUGCUGGAAUCUGAGUUGGAUUCCAGCUGUGUGUGUGGUGUGCUUGCUCCUAGGCUGGUGGGCCAGAGCUGGGAAGUGUUCAUGAACAUUUCUUAGCACCCAAGUUCAGGGCUCCCUCUGCACGCUCAGUUUUCAAGUGAUCAGGACUUUCAACUUGUGUUGCAUUUUCAUGGCGGUUUUUUAAUGUCUUGCAUUAAAGCAGUCUGUAGUUUAAAAUUUUAUGUAUGUUUUAGUGUGCAAAUGGAUUAUUUUGGUCACAGUUUUUAUAAGCUGAAAGUUGCUCUCUAGCUGAGAUGAACUAGAUUAAUUUUGGUGUUUAGCACUGUCAGAUGUUGAGAGAGGCGUGCCAUCUUGCCUCUAAAAACUUGAUGAAGCCAUGAAGUUGGAAAACAAAGGGCUAAUUGCACAGCUGGUGUGUCUUUCUCUGCCUCUUAAAGUUAGCGGGAGUUGGGCUGCCGAUGCUGGCGGGAGAGGGUCGGAGCUCCUUGCCCAGAGCAGAGGAGGGAGUCGGGCAUGGGCAGCCCAACUCUCUAGGACAGGGCCCUCUGACGGUGGCUGGCUUCACCUUGGGUGCUGCUACCGCCCAGAAUCUCGGGUUUAAAUUAAAUGGGGAGGCUGCAAGUGGGACAGAGCGAUGUGGCCCAUUAUCUCUGGUCCAAGGUAAAUUGUCAAAGCCAUGGAGAUAUUUAUUUUAGCUAGUGUGGUGAGGAAAAUGGCUUUUGGCCCCCUUACAAUUUACAUUAAUAUAAACAAAAUCUUUUAAAGCUACACAUCCAAGGCUUUUUGUGUCCAUAAGGUGUAGCUUGACAGCAAGAGCCUUGCAUUCUCAGUGCAAGCUUAUUUCUCUAAGUGUUUAAAGCAAGAAGCUGAAGUGAUACUCAAAGGGAGAUUUUAGAAUUCACUAUGGUGUAUGUCGGUCCCUUCCUCUGCACUCUAGGAUUAAGUUCAGUCCUGUAAGGAGUAAGUUGAGGUCUGUGUUAGCCCUCGUCUUUUGUUCCUUCCCCCACGUGUCAGGGUCACAGAUCUAGACAAGUGAAGCAUGGUAUGGUGCGGAAUCAAAGCCCUGACGAUCCUCUGUAGUUACUCCUGAGUGCUUCUUUUCACCUGGCCCUGGCCAAGGCUGCGUGGUGAACUUGGGGUGGUGGAUUAGAGCUGUCCUAACAAAGUCACUGUUUGGCCAUUAAUUGAAAUCGAAGGUGCCCCGUGUCUUCUAGGUUUAGGUUCACUGGCUUGGCAAUCAUAAUACUCAAUUUCAACUUCUCUGUACAUCUGCCAUUAUCAUUCUGCUAACGCUUGGAUGUUAGAGCUGCAAGGGGAUUCUCUAAUGAGCUAGUCAAAGACUCACAAAAUAGACUGUAAUUUGUAAUUUGGCUCCUCUCUUUAGAGUGAUUAACUGCAGUUUACUGAGAAACUAAUCCACCUUUUCAGGUGUACAGAUGUAUUGCUGAUCUCACCUACUAAAAUACAGUUUAGCCUACUGAAGGAUAAAUGUAACUGAUGAGAAUUAAUUCCUAUUUGAUCAGAGACACAUGUAUUUCUCUGAGAGAGGCAGUUAUUCUUGUCCUCGGUGGAUGCAAGCUUCUAUAUGCUACAAAAGUCUGUGGAUGUAGUCUAAAGCUGAAAUUUUGGUGUUCUUCUGGAAGUACUUGUAUUUUGAAAGCUAAAGAUGAUCAUUUUAGUGAGAAAAUUAACAUGAAGGUAUGAGGAAAUUGUGUUCAUUUCAAAUUUGCUAUUCUUUUUCACUGGUUCAGGUCAAAACCCCACUUUUAGGUUUCUUGUUUUAAGUUGGUCUGAAGGAUGAUCUGGAAACCUUUUGGACUGAUGUAGUUCAACAAACUUUUGUUGCUUGUCAUUGCCUGCUGUGUUACCUGUUUAGAAACUUUGGUGUCAGCCAGCCUCCUAGUGGGAGAGGUGGUCACAUCACAAAAUCUACCUUGAUACCUCCAGCAUGGGUGCGUGGGAUGGGUGUAAGGAUCAAACUUUUUCCUCGUGUCUCCGAACUGUCUCCUAGAAACUGAAUGGGAACAAAUUGGCUGGGGUCCCCUGGGGACAGUUGGACCAUGUGGCUCAUGCUCUGUCAGUAUAAAUAAGGCUAAAUUGUCUGAUGGGGACAGUCUGACAACUUUCUCACGCUCUGAAUUCCAUGGCGUGUGGGGUUUUUAGGGCUUUGGGGUUUUUUUUUGUUUGUUUUGUUGUUUUGUUGUUUUGUUUUGGUUUUUUUCUUGACUGACAGUAAUUUUAGACCAAAAAAUUGUUUGAUGUUAUAAGAGGUACUUCUGGGGUUUUUUUCAUCUUGCUCCUCUAUUACUGCAUAGUCUUCAUUUGAACAUCUGGAUUUAAUACUGUGUGCUACUGCACUGUAAGUAAUGGCUAUGAAAAUAGGUUCAGCACAUCAUGCUCCAUCUUUCUGGAGCUUUGCAGGUAAAUAAAUUAGGUUGUCCUUCCUCUUCCAAAAAAAAAACCCAAAAAGAAAUCUGACAGCACAUGGCUGAAGUAAAUUCAUUACAGAAUAAACAAAAAUGCUGGUAAAACACACACAGGCAAAUGCUUGGUAUAGAUAGCAAAAGUGGGGACUGUAUUCAUAAAAAGGUCAAAAUUGCUUGUUGUAAUUAAAAAAAAAAAAGCAAUCAAGGGGCAGAUUUAGCAAGAAAAUCCAAGUUGUGGUGACCAAGACAAUUUAGGAACUGGGGAAAAAGGAAGAUCAAGUGGAUGCUGUUUCUGUGACAUCCUGAAGUAAUUCUUCUUUUUUAAGGUUCACGGUAUUCAGAUGCCAGCUUCUGAAUUAUAGCUGCAGUGAUGUACGGAAUGUUUUCUAGCAUAUCCUCUUGUGAGCAGAAAUACCAGUGUUGUCAAAAAAAUUUGUGUGUAAAUAUGACUCAUAAAUGAUUUCUGAGAGAUGUGAUUUAUUUUUCAUAUUUUUCAAGAUACAUUCCAUUUCAAAUAAAGAGGUAUCUAUUGAAAGAGCUCUCAAUAUGUUGGAAGAAUGGUUGUUUGGUGGGCUAUUUGUGAUGAUUAAAGCCUGGUCUAAGCUUU